GAAGCUCUGGUUUAUAAAUUAUUUUAAAAUAAUUACACUUAUAUUUGUAUUGUUUUGAUGUGUUGAAUUAAAUAGUAAUCAGUGCCACCUGCCUGCCAAGUGUUUUCAACCACUUACAGAAGCAUUAUAUGUCACUUAACCCUAUACAUAACUUGCACUUGGUUAUAUCAUGGAAGAGGUCCCACGUCUAGUGUCUGAGAUGACCAGCAUGUUUAAAAAACGCAUGGCUGACUUCGAGCGGCAGCAGAGAGAUAACGCAGGCGCAGCAAAUGAAGCCACACCAGUGCUCUCAGCAGAGUUCACAGCGUUCCGGAGCUUUAUUAUGCAGUUUCUCUGUGUAUUCCAACAGCAAGUGAGCUUCAUGGUGCAGAGUAUGGACGAUAUGCAGAUGCGCAGCCGGCGUAAAAUACUUCUUCUGCAUGGUGUGCCUGAGUCAGAUGCAAAGGAGGAAGAUACUAAGCAAGUGGUGGUAAAAGUUGUCAAGGACCGCCUUAAGCUUGAUAUAAAACCAACAGACGUCAAGCGGUGCCACCGUAUGGGGCGAACCUCACAAAAGGCUCGACCCAUCUUGCUCAAGCUGCAUGAUGUGGCUCUCCGCGAUAACAUCUGGCGUGGCAAAACAAAGUGCAAGGGCUCGGGUGUUACAAUCUCGGAGUUCUUGACAAAGACCCGACACAGCGUCUUUAUGGAGGCUCGGGAGAAGUUCGGCGUCAGUCAGUGCUGGACGAGGGAAGGCAUUAUAUUUGUCCUUGACUCAAAAGGUGUUCGACAUCGAUUGACUUCCAGGAACGACCUCGAUACUAUCGUUCUCCAACAACCUGAGCAAGGUGCUGCUGAACCUGUCGUUGCAGCUACUGGAAAGGUGGUGCCCAAGGCAAGGCGUGCAGCAUCUCGAAAAUAAGUAUUUUCUUUAGUUACAUUUUCUUGAUUUUCUGUAGGUAGUCUGGGUAAAUUAGUUGCUUUUAUUAAAUGGUAUUAAUUGUCGUAUCACCUUCACUUUAACUUUAUGUAUUUUCUAACUUGUACUCAGAUACGGUAGUAGUAUUAUUUUAUUUAUUUACAUGUAAUUUUUGUUUUCGUAACUCAUACUACUAUCAUUGUCACUCAUGUCAUCCGUCACUGUCAUGCAGAUUAUAAACUUAUUUUUGGUCAUAAUUUUUUUUUUUUUUUUUCUUCUCUUUGAUUCAUUGUGGUCCAUAGAUUUCAUAGAUGUUUAUAAAGAUUUUCAUACAACUGUCAUUGGUACUUAGCAGCGUUUCGUUCCACGUACUGCAUGCGCUCGCAACAUGUAAUGUUAAUAAUUUUUUUUGU